GUUUCUGUAGGGAAUUGGAGUAGAGGUUGCAGAAGAAGAACUCCUUUGAAGUGUGGAGAGGAACGUUAGUGUUGGAGAAGAUGAGUUCUUGACUCUGAAAUCUGUGAAGUUGCCUGAUUUCGAAACUCCUGAGCAUAAUCUUGUUGAUCCUGAGGAUUGUAAAGAUAGAUGCUUGAGGAAUUGUUCUUGCACUGCUUUCACUUUUGUUGGUGGUAUUGGAUGCAUGAUUUGGAACCAAGAUUUGGUAGAUUUACAGCAGUUUGACGCUGGUGGAUCUUCGCUUCAUAUCCGUCUUGCUGAUUCUGAAAUAGGGAACAAGAAGAAGUCCGAGAUUGUGGUGAUUGUCUCGGUUCUUGUUGGUGUGAUUCUGUUAGGACUAUUUGCUCUGCUUCUAUGGAGAUUCAAAAGAAAGAAAGAUGCUUCAGGAACAUAUUGUUGUAAGAGCACCGAUACAUCGGUUGUUGUUGUUGAUAUGACCAAAGCCAAAGAAACCACGACGGCGUUUUCAGGAUCAGUCGAUAUAAUGAUUGAAGGAAAAGCGGUCAACACAUCAGAGUUACCAGUUUUCUGUCUGAACGUUAUAGUGAAAGCUACUAAUGACUUCUGUAGAGAGAAUGAGCUUGGAAGAGGCGGAUUCGGACCAGUCUACAAGGGUGUUCUUGAAGAUGGACAAGAGAUCGCUGUGAAGAGAUUAUCUGGUAAAUCUGGACAAGGAGUUGAUGAAUUCAAGAAUGAGAUCAUUCUCAUUGCGAAGCUUCAACAUCGGAAUCUUGUGAGAUUACUUGGAUGUUGCUUCGAGGGCGAGGAGAAAAUGCUUGUAUAUGAGUAUAUGCCUAACAAAAGCUUAGAUUUCUUCAUCUUUGAUGAAACGAAACAAGCGUUGGUAGACUGGAAACUGCGGUUUGCGAUAAUUGAAGGGAUUGCGAGAGGAUUGCUUUAUCUUCACAGAGAUUCAAGAUUGAGAAUCAUUCAUAGAGAUUUGAAGGUUAGCAAUGUGUUGUUAGAUGCAGAGAUGAAUCCAAAGAUCUCGGAUUUUGGUAUGGCGAGGAUCUUCGGUGGAAACCAAAAUGAAGCUAACACUGUUCGCGUCGUUGGAACUUACGGAUACAUGUCUCCAGAAUACGCAAUGGAAGGACUUUUCUCAGUGAAAUCCGAUGUUUAUAGCUUCGGUGUCUUGUUGCUAGAGAUCAUAAGUGGGAAGAGGAACACAAGUCUUCGAUCUUCUGAACAUGGAAGUCUCAUUGGUUAUGCUUGGUAUCUGUAUACUCAUGGGAGAUCCGAGGAGCUUGUGGAUCCAAAGAUUAGGGUCACGUGCAAUAAGCGUGAGGCCUUGAGAUGCAUACACGUAGCGAUGCUAUGUGUUCAAGAUUCGGCUGCGGAGAGACCGAACAUGGCUGCAGUUUUGCUGAUGUUAGAGAGUGACACAGCGAUGCUCGCUGCGCCAAGACAACCAACGUUUACUUCCAACAGAAGAAACUCCAUUGAUGUCAACUUUGCUCUUGAUUCGAGCCAACAAUACAUUGUUUCUUCUAACGAGAUCACUUCCACUGUUGUUCUUGGACGAUAGAUUAAGAUUUCUUAUAAUUCUUUUGAAAACGUAUAGUUUUUAUUUAUUUAUUUAGUUAAUUAGGAUAAUGGAAUAUUGAUUGUGGAAAUUAUGUUAAUAGAGUGAAAUGUAUGGAUGA